AUGUCCAUCUUGAACUUGCCUUCCCUCUCUCCUGAUCAAAACGGUACUAUCUCGGAUUUGGCUACUCAAUUGAGGGACUUAAAAGAAGCUUUGGAGAGCUUCAUUCCGAUUAUUUCGGAAAGUGACGUUUUUCAUUGGAAACUUAAUCCCUCCAGUGUUUUCUCGGUUGCAAGCGUGACUAGUUUGGUUUCUAGUGCCAAAGACAAUGCUUGGCCAACCUAUACUAUCAAGUUGUUGGAAACAAUGUGGAAGUCUAAGGUACCGAAAAAGGUCCACAUUUUUUCUUUGAGAUUCUUUAUUGACCGCCUUCCUUUAAAAGAUCUUUUGCUUCAUAGGGGGGUCACUAAUUUCACCUCUCUAGAUUGUGUCAUUUGUUCUAAUCAUCCGGAUCAUCGCUUCACCUAUUCUUUCAUUGUAAUGUUUCGAAAGAGGUGUGGGAGAAGGUCUACAAUUGGUUGGGUGAAGAAGUGGAGUUUAAUUUGGAAGAGUUCAAAAGCUUCGGUUGCAUUCAAGAGAAGGUGA